AUGAGCACCACCCCGAAGUGGUACUGCCGCAACAAAUCCCAGCCGAUGCACACGUUCGCGGAAAUCGGCAAAUUGGGCCUGGAGCUGCGUCGGAUUACCAAGAGGAUUGUGAUCGAUGUCAAUUCGGCGAUUUUCAGUGAACAUGACACCAUCUUGGAGGAGUGCGAGCGGGUGGUGGAGCAGUACUGGAAUCUCAAGGACGAGACUAAAAAUGCUGACUUUCAAUCGCUCUCAAAGAAGAUCAAGAGGAGUCCCUACAACCAGCUGCUGAUGAAGAAGUUCCAUUUGAUUAUGGAUCUGAAUGACAGACGUUUUUGCCAACUUACUUUUGUGCUUAAGAAAACAUUAAGCUUCUUGCUCCGGAAGGCGAUGCAGUCGGAGAUGUGGCUAAAUUGGGCUUUGCAUAUUACUCAAUUAUACAACAAGUGUCGGAAGGUGGAGAAGCCUGUAGUUCCAGUAGAGGUGGAUAGCCAACCAGGUGAAGAGGAGCUAGAGGAGGAGCCCAAGUUGGGUGGCAAGAGGAAGGAAGAAAUGCCCGCCAAUGUCUGCAGCAAUAUGUAUCCUGCCUUGCUCUUGGCUCUGAAGUCCAUUGAUUUCGGAUAUGUCUUACAGUUGGUGGCCCAAACUCGAGUAGAACAGAAUGCCCUGGAUCUGGUUUUUGGACUCUUCAACAUGGGCGAGCAAGAUGCCUGGCGGGAACAGCAGAAUCUGGAGUCCACUUCCUCGAGCUUGGAGAUUUUACGCACUCUAAACAUCUCCUUUGCCGCGGGCGAUUACCAACCAUAUUGUGACUCUGCUCAGGAUUACAAGUCCAUGCAGAUGCAGAUGGCCGAUGCUAGUCUCCAAGUCCAAGAUCAUGACCACCAGAGUCUUCGCUGCAAGCAUACGGAGAGUUUUUUGCAGAAGGAAAGGGUUUUUAUAGCUCAGUUGAUAGCCAAGGCCACGGAGAUUAGUCCAACUAUUUUUGAUAAUGGCAAAAAAGGUCCUGUGGACAUGAAUCUUUAUAUUGUCAAGGGUUUGCGACUUCUCUGGUCUUAUGUGGGCAUCAUAUUGGAUCACAUAUUGCUAUGGUGGAUAGAUAAUCCCGUGUCCUGCUAUCGUCUUACCCAUAUAGAUUCCAUCCGCAGUUGGCUCUAUCAUCAGAGUGUUAAUGAUAUUCCCGAACCUGUUUUCUCAACUCUUCGAGGUAUUGGCGAAAUCCUUACAGGAUUCGUUUGCAAUAACAUUUGGGACCAACUCUUCCGCCUCACUCUAAUAUCUUCCAAUAACACUAACCGCCUGGUGGAUGUGGUGGCUGAACAAUAUCGCGAUUGUCCCAAGAAUGAAUUUGGUACCCCAACUGGCACCGUAUGGAUUAGUAUUUUCGCCAACCUAGUAAACCUGAGUAACCAAUACUUCUCCAAUUUAGAGGCGCACAAUAACUCCAGCUUGCUGCCAGUGGCUGAGCAGAUACCCAUACUACAUAGGCUGGAUCAUUCGGUGCAUUCGAUGCGUCUGUGGGUCUUCGAGCAGGCCAAGCUUCUUUGCUGUGAGUGGAAAAUGGAUCGCUUCUUCCAGAUUUUAGAGCACGAUGUCAAGCUAUGCCUGAAUGUCUUCAUAACCUUUCAACUGCCGAAACUCACUGCCGACCUGAGCGAUAUUCUAAUGCUGGUUUGCGUUGCUCUGCGGACCAAGCUCAUCGCCGAGGUCAACGCCAAUAUAGACAAGCUAAAGAAAACCACCGAUGAGUGUGUUCAGAUUUUGUCAUCAGUUUGCCGCGUCCUUAGCCUGGCUAACUUUACGCUCUGCUUUCCCGCCGCCAGCUUUUGGCAGCGCGAGGUGUACAACAACGAUGAGAAGAGUCUCUAUGUGGGCUAUGUGCUGGACGAGAUCUAUCUGCCCACCAUACGUGCCACCAAGGACAUUGUAAUACUUAAACUGAUCCUCAAGCUUAUUUGCGAAGCCUGGCUAGAUUUUAUCUACCAGAAACGCAUUCGUUUUAGCGUGAAUGGAGCAGUUCGAUUGCUGAAUGAUUUCGAUGAUGUGCGUGAGUGGAUCCUGGCCUGCACUUUGUUGGAUGAAGAGCAACUGGAGAAGCUGAGCAACCAUGAGGUGCUACGUAUGUGUAAGGGAGUGGGCAAGAUACUCCUACGAAAACCAGAGGAUGUGAUCUCCAUUACCCAAUCGCCCAAGUUUGACAAGAAGGCUCAGGACACCUCCGCUCAGGACACUCAGCUGCCCUCGGAGAUGUUCGUCUCCAACCAGAAGCACUGGCUUCAACUACGAGCCAGUGGAGGCAAUGGAUUUCCCUUCCUCAAACUCUGCUGUGGCGAUGCCGCCAUGUAGUUGACUUUCUUCUAAGGGGUACAAAUGUUUAUUGAGCCGCUAAAAUGCUUUACAAAAGUGAGGGUCUAGAAUAUAUAUA